CAGAGCCGGCCUUCCCCAGACAGGAUGGGAGGACAAUGGCCGGGUGGCGUAGAGGAAGAGGCGGCUUCCACGGGACGCAGCCGAAGGCGGAGAAGCCAUGGAGUCCGAAGCAAAGAAAGAGAAGAAGGGAUUCGUGUCCCCCAUCAAGCGCCUGGUCUUCCCGAAAGCCUCCCGCAAGCAAGCGGUCAAGGGGAAUGCCUGCCGCCGCCGGCCCCUCCACUCCGUGCCUCUGUACCCCCCAGACUACCUCAUCGACCCCCAGAUUCUGCUGCAGGACUACGUGGAAAAGGAGGUGAAGUUUUUAGGACAUCUGACCUGGGUGAACUCAUCCCUUAAUCCUUCCAGCCGGGAUGAAUUAUUGCAGCUUUUGGAUACCGCCAGGCAACUGAAGGAGCUGCCGCUGCAGACCACACCUGAGCAGGACAGCAUCUUGAGCCUCUCGGCCCGCUGCCUCCUGCUCACCUGGCGGGACAAUGAGGAGCUCAUCCUUCGGAUCCCCACUCAUGAGAUUGCCGCCGCUUCCUACCUGAGGGACGAUGCGCUGCACCUGCUGGUGCUGAAGACAGGCCUGGGCGUUGACCCGGUUCCCGCAGGUGGCACUUUUGACCUUUAUCCUGGAAUCCCGCAACCGGACAAGAAAUAUCCUGCAGCAGCCGCUGCCGAGAAGAGACCCCCGGAUUCCCGGCAGUUGGGCUGCCCCAUGGAACGGCGCCACACCAUCUGCAGCCUGGACUGGAGGAUGUCUCGAGGGGGCUCCGAGGGACGUCCGAGCGGUGGAGGGAGCCUGGAGCGCAAGCAGGCCACAGGCAGCUGGGAGAAGAGACAACGGACCAGCAGUGGCACCGGGAGAGCCUUCGGCAGCUGGGAACACCGGCAAGCCCACAGCGGCAGCUGGGAGCGCCGGCACGGCAGCCAACCUGGGGGCAGCUGGGAGCGCGGGAAAACCUACGGCAGCUGGGAACAUAGGCACACGGGCAGCAACCCCUUGGACCCCAAAGAACACUGCCCGGAUGCCUACUGCAACCUGGUCAUCUUGGCCGUGGCCAACCGAGAUACCGCCGAGGAGUCGUGCGCUCUUAUCUGCCAGGUUUUCCAGAUCAUUUACGGUGACCAAACCAUUGAGUGUGUGGAUCGGGCCGGCUACCAUUACACAUCCACCCCAAAACGCCCUUGGCUGUCCAGCCGGAGUGAGAGCUGUCGGACCGAUGGGACGUACGGUUAUGACGCCGACUUCAGCUGCUGCAGUUCCUUCGAUGGCUCCCACGAGACCUUUGAGGCGUACUGCAGUGGCUCUUCCUCCCCUCUGCUUCACCAGUCGCAUCACAGCCUGGCCACGGCCUGCAGUGGGAGCGACCAAAGCAACAGCAGCUUGGAGCAACUGCAGGACUACAUGAUGACGUUACGAAGCAAGUUGACCCCUCAGGAGAUCCAAGGAUUCGCCCUCUUGCUCCGUGAAUACCGGACGGGCUUGGCGGUGGAGAGAUACUGCACGGGACUCCUCAAUCUCUACGGGGAAAAGCGGAAAUUUCUCCUUUUGGGGAUGCGGCCCUUCAUCCCUGACCAGGACAUCGGCUACUUUGAGGGCUUCCUCGAGAGCAUCGGCAUCCGGGAAGGGGGCAUUCUGACCGACAGCUUUGGCCGCAUCAAGAAGAGCAUGAGCAGCACAUCGGCUUCGGCCGUCAGGAGCUACGACACCUGGUCCCUGCAUUCCGAGUCGGAGUCCUUCAAUCGACGGAUCGCCAACAUCACCCACGACAUCGAAGCCCUGGCGGGGGACGAGGAAGAGGAGGAGGCUGACCAUGGGAGCGAUGAAGACAAUUAUCUCUAAAGGGGCGAAUUGAUUGGCCAAGAGGGAAGCGAGCCCCCUCCCCUUGGAUUAGUGGCAUCCAAUGGCCAACCAGGCUUUAAGAGACGAGUGGACUUCCACUCCCAGAAUUCCCCAGCCGGCAUGCUUUAAGAUGGGGGUGGGUGGGGACUGCAACUCCCAGAAUUCCCCAGCCAGCAUGCUUUAAUAAUAAUAAUAAUAAUAAUACUAACAGAGUUGGAAGGGAACUUGGAGGUCUUCUAGUCCAACCCCCUGCCCAGGCAGGAAACCCGACACCAUUUCAGACAAAUGGUUAUCCAACAUUUUCUUAAAAAUUUCCAGUGUUGGAGCAUUUACAACUUCUGGUGACGUUGUUCCACUGAUUAAUUGUUCUAACUGUCAGGACAUUUCUCCUUAGUUCCAGAUUGCUUCUCUCCUUGAUUAGUUUCCACCCAUUGCUUCUUGUUCUACCAUCAGGUGCUUUGGAGAAUAGCUUCACUCCCUCUUCUUUGGGGCAGCCCCUGAGAUAUUGGAUUGACUGCUAUCAUGUCUCCCCUAGUCCUUCUUUUCAUCAAACUAGACAUACCCAGUUCCUGCAACCCUUCUUCAUAUGUUUUAGCCUCCAGUCCCGUAAUCAUCUUCGUUGCUCUUCUCUGCACUCUUUCUAGAGUCUCAACAUCUUUUUUGCAUCGUGGCGACCAAAACUGAAUGCAAUAUUCAAAGUGUGGCCUUACUAAGGCAUUAUAAAGUGGUAUUAACACUUCACGUGAUCUUGAUUCUAUCCCUCUGUUUAUGCAGCCCAGAACUGUGUUGGCUUUUUUAACAGCUGCUGCACACUGCUGGCUCAUAUCUAAAUGGUUGUCCACUAGGAUUCCAAGAUCCCUCUCACAGUUACUACUAUUGAGCAAGGUACCAUAUACACGGUAGCUGUGCAUUUUGGUUGCUUUGACUAAAUGUAGAACCUGACUUUUUUCACCAUUGAAUUUCAUUUUGUUAGAUAGUGCCCAAUGUUCAAGUCUGUCAAGAUCCUUUUGUAACUUGAGCCUAUCUUCUGGAGUGUUGGCUAUUCCUGCCAGCUUGGUGUCAUCUGCAAAUUUGAUGAGUUAGAAUAGAAUAGAAUAGAAUUUUUUAUUGGCCAAGUGUGAUUGGACACACAAGGAAUUUGUCUUGGUGCAUGUGCUCUCAGUGUACAUAAAAGAAAAGAUACGUUCAUCAAGGUUCAACAUUUACAACACAAAUGAUGGUCAAUAUAUCAAUAUAAAUCGUAAGGAUUACCAGCAACAAAGUUACAGUCAUACAGUCAUAAGUGGAAAGAGAUUGGUGAUGGGAACGAUGAGAAGAUUAAUAGUAGUGCAGAUUUAGUAAAUAGUUUGACAGUGUUGAGAGAAUUAUUUGUUUAGCAGAGUGAUGGCAUUCGGGGGAAAACUGUUCUUGUGUCUAGUUGUUCUGUUGUGCAGUGCUCUAUAGCGUCGUUUUGAGGGUAGGAGUUGAAACAGUUUAUGUCCAGGAUGCGAGGGAUCUGCAAAUAUUUUCACGGCCCUCUUCUUGAUUCGUGCAGUAUACAGGUCCUCAAUGGAAGGCAGGUUGGUAGCAAUUAUUUUUUCUGCAGUUCUAAUUAUCCUCUGAAGUCUGUGUUUUUCUUGUUGGGUUGCAGAACCGAACCAGACAGUUAUAGAGGUGCAAAUGACAGACUCAAUAAUUCCUCUGUAGAACUGGAUCAGCAGCUCCUUGGGCAGUUUGAGCUUACUGAGUUGGCGCAGAAAGAACAUUCUUUGUUGUCCUUUUUUAAUGAUGUUUUUGAUGUUAGCUGUCCAUUUUAGAUCUUGCGAUAUGAUAGAACCUAGAAAUUUGAAGGUUUCUACUGUUGAUACUGUGUUGUCAAGUAUUGUGAGAGGUGGAAGUAUGGAAGGGUUUCUCCUAAAGUCUACCACCAUUUCUACGGUUUUGAGUGUGUUCAGUUCCAGAUUGUUUUGGUUGCACCACAAGGCUAGUCGUUCGACCUCUCGUCUAUAUGCGGAUUCGUCAUUGUCUCGAAUGAGACCAAUCACUGUUGUGUCAUCUGCGAACUUCAGUAGCUUAACAGAUGGAUCAUUGGAGAUGCAGUCAUUGGUAUACAGAGAGAAGAGAAGUGGGGAGAGCACACAGCCUUGGGGGGCUCCUGUGCUAAUUGUACAGGUAUUUGAUGUGAUCUUGCUUAGCUUCACCUGCUGCUUCCUGUUUGUUAGGAAGCUUGUGAUCCACUUACAAGUCUGUUCCCCACCUAUCCCCUCGUCCAAGUCAUUGAUGAAGAUGUUGAAGAGUCCUGGGCCUAAAACAGAGCCUUGGGGUACUCCACUGCAUACUUCCCUCCAUGUGGAUGUAGUUCCGUUGAGGACUACAAGUUGAGUGCGGUUGGUCAGCCAGUUACGGAUCCAUCUGGUGGUGCUGCUGUCUAACCCACAUUUUUCUACUUUAUCUAGUAGUAGGUUAUGGUCUCCUUUUCAAAUGCUUUACUGAAGUCCAAGUAAAUUAUAUCGACAGCAUUCCUCUGGUCCACUUUAAGAUGGGUGGAGUCACAGAAUUCUGGGUCCACCCUUCUUAACGCAGCCAAGUUUUUAUAGGGAUUAUUCUCUCAUUUUUAAUUGCGAAGAGUUUUUAUUUCCUUCCGUUGGGCCGCUUCGUUAGGGGAUAUUUUUUUGUGAGUCUUUGAGCCCCUGCCAAGUGUACACAAGGCCGUGUAUGCAGUUGUGUGCAGUUGUCUUUCAAGGGCUGGUCCAUUGCAUCAGGGAGGCGUUGGCUGAACGCUUGGAAAUCUUUCAAAUUAAAUAAAUCCUGCGAAGCCAUUGGAGACAAGUCGAAAACCAAGAGACUGAGCGCUUGGCACACCUGUGAAAUGGGCUGAGGUCCAAGGAUGUUUGUGUGAGACACACACACACACACACACAAACACACACACACACACAAUUGCAAAGCUGCCUAGUCGUAGAGAUCAGCAGAGAGGCCCCUUAAAACAGGGGUCUCCAAUCUUGGCAACUUUAAGCCUGGAGGACUUCAACUCCCAGAAUUCCCCAGCCAGCAAAGCUUGAGUCUAGUCCAGGGGUCUCCAACCUUGGCAACUUUAAGCCUGGAGGACUUCAACUCCCAGAAUUCCCCAGCCAGCAAAGCUUGAGUCUAGUCCAGGGGUCUCCAACCUUGGCAACUUUAAGCCUGGAGGACUUCAACUCCCAGAAUUCCCCAGCCAGCAAAGCUUGAGUCUAGUCCAGGGGUCUCCAAUCUUGGCAACUUUAAGCCUGGAGGACUUCAACUCCCAGAAUUCCCCAGCCAACUUUGCUGGGGCAGUCGAGGACCACCUGUAUAGGGUGCUUGAGCAGGGGGUUGGACUAGAAGACCUCCGAGGUCCCUUUCCACUCUGUCAUUCUGUAUUCUAUUCUAAACCCCAGAAAAUGUAUACAGGUAUAUGUAUCGAGUUAUGACCGCAUUUGAGCCCAACAUUUAUGUUGCUAAGUGAAACGCUUGUUAAGUGAGCUUGUCCUCUUUUACGACCUUCCUUGCUGCGGUUGUUAAGUGAAUCACUGCGGUUGUUAAAUUAGUAAUACGGUUGUUAAGUGAAUCCGGCUUCCCCUAAGGACUUUGCUUGUCAGAAAGUCUCAAAAGCGGAUCAUGUCCCCCUGCAACACUGCAACCGUCGUAAAUGUGAAUCAAUUGUCAAGCAUUCGAAGGUAAAUCAUGUGACUCCCGCCCCGGGGAUGCCACAACUGUCAUAAGUAGAAAAAACGGUCAUAAGUCCCUAUUUUCAGUGCCGUUGUAACUUCGAAGGGUCACUAAGUGAAUUGUUAUAAGUCGAGGACUAGCUGCAAAAACGCACCAGGUUUUUACAGACAGUCCUUAACUUACAGCUCUAAAUUUAGCGACUGUUUAAAGUUACAAUGACACUAAAAAGUUUGCUUAGCAGCAAUCCUCAUAUUUAUAACCGCCGUAGCGUCCCAACAGUCACGUGAUCAAAUUUUGGGACCCUUAGCAACCGUAUUUAUGACGGUUGCAGUGUCCUGGGAUCACGUGACCCCCCCCCUUUGCAACCUUCCCAGCCAUCUUCCACCAUGCUAAGUCAAGGGGACAAGCUGGAUUCGCUUAACGGCCAUGUGAUUCAUUUAACGACCUCAGGGAUCCGCUUAACAACCGUGGCAAAAAAAAAAAAAAAGCACGGUCAUAAAUUCAAGGGUGACUGUCGCAGCCACUGUCCGCUUCCAAAUUGUGGUCGUAAAUUCGAGGACUGCCUGCAGCGGCUAAAAUGAGCCUCGUGUUCAUUGUUCUUUGAAAUUUGCAUUUCAUUUUAUUUUCCCCGUUUUUCCUUUUGUGCUUCCGGUGGUUUGGUUUCUAAAUUUUGUGUGCCACGCAGGAGCGUCCCAGAGCAAGAUGUGGGUAAAGCGAGCAAACUUUUGCAUAUGGGUCUGGCCGGUGACUUAUGGGUACCGUAGUCCACCGCAGGCGAAGGACAGCAGCGUAAGGCGGGAAGCAUCUGUCCAUCAAUGCAACUCCCAAUUCAACUUGCAACCGUUCUUUUAGUGACCGUUUCAAGUUACGACGGCACUGAAAAAAAUGGGUAAUGACCAUUAGGGCUUAUGACCAUUACGGCAUUCCCCAGGGUCACGUGAUCGAAGUUCAGUCGCUCGGCAACUGAUUCACAUUUAUGACGGUCGCAGUGUUGCCGCGGUCACGCGAACCUUCGGACAAGCAAAGUCCAUGGCGGAAGCCGGGUUCGUUUAACGACGGCAUGAUUCACUGAACAGCGGCAGUGAUUCGCUUAACAACUAUGGCAAGAAAGGUCAUAAAAUGGGGCAAGAGUCAUAUAACAACCGCCUUGCUUGGCAAGGGGGAUUUUGGCCUCAGUUGUGUUCAUAAGUCGAGGACUCCCUGUAUUGCAUGAAAUAGAAGUCCCCUGCAGGUGAAGGAGCCCCCUUUCAAUCAAUUCAACCUUCAAGGCAGGUAGUCCUCGACUUACGGCCAUUCAUUUAGUGACCGUUCGAAGUUAUGACAGCACUGAAAAAAGUAACUUACGACCGUUUUUCACACUUACGACCGUUGCAGCAUCCCCUUGGUCACCUGAUCGAAAUUCAGACGGCUGGCAACUGGUUCAUAUUUAUGACGGCCACAAUGUCUGGGAGGGUCACGUGAUCAACUUUUGUGGCCCUCUGACAAGCAAAGUCAACAGGGAAGCCAGAUUCAUUUAACAGCCGUGUGACUCGCCUAACGUCUGCAGUGAUUCACUGAACUACUGUGGCAAGAAAGAUCGUAAAAUGGGGAAAAACACGCUUAACGAAUGUUUCACUUAGCAACCUACGUUUUGGGCUCAAUUGUGGUCGUAAGUCGAAGACUACCUGUAUAGGGUCUCCUGCUCGAGCAAGGGGUUGGACUAGUGGACCUCUGAGGUCCCUUUCCAUUCUUGUUAUUGGGUAUUCUAGUCUAAACCCCACUCUUGAGAAAAUGUAUACGAGUAAUCCUCGAGUUACGACCACAAUUGAGCCCAAGAUUUAUGUUGCUAAGUGAAAUGUUUGUCCUGUUUUACGACCUUUCUUGCCCCUUUGUGAAGUGAAUUUCUGCAGUUGUUAAUUUAGUAACACAGUUGUUAAGUGAAAUCUGGCUUCCCCCAUGGAGGUCACAAAGGGGGGAUCUCGUGAUCAUCCUGUGGCAAGAAAGGUCGUAAAAUGGGGCAAAAGCUCACUUAACUGCCUCGCUUAGCAACAGAAAUUUAGGGCUUGAUGGUGGUUGUAAGUCGAGGACGGUUGUAAGUCCCACGGUCACAAAACAUGUCGUCUAGAUUCUUUUCAACCCUUAAGAAUGGUUCAAAGCUACAACGGUGCCGGAAAAAGCAACUUAUGUCCCGGCCUUGUAAUUGCAACCGUGGAACCGCUCCUGCAACUGCAUCGUUGUGAUCUGGGCACUUGGCUCGCAUUUAUGACAGUCACCACCAUCUGCGGUCGUACAAGCUUUGAUUUUCCCAGUUGGCUUCUGCCAAGCAAAGUCCAUGGGGGGGAGUUGGACCUGCUUAAUGACUCUGUGACUGGCUUAACAACUGCAAUAAAGGUGGGGUUACAGUGGGAACCAGUUGUGCGAUGACUCGUUUAACGACCGACUCGCUCAGUGAACAAAAUUCUGGUUCCAGGUGAGACAAUCUGUCCGUGUGACGUUGGUUAUAUGGAAGGAGAGGGACCAAGGACUAUAAUCUCCUUGAUUCCUACUGCUAUGUUAAAGGAGAAUAUUAUAAGGGUAUAUAUUAUAUUAUAUUAUAUUAUAUUAUAUUAUAUUGUAUUGUAUUGUAUUGUAUUGUAUU